CAUCAUUUUGAUACUAUCAUCAUCUACAUCUACAUCUACAGUAGCGGACACAGCUGUAAGAGAUGGAGGGCAUGCUCAAGUGCUCCGCCAAUUACGUCCCUCUUACUCCAAUCAGCUUCCUGGAGCGCUCGGCGAUUGUUUACCGAGACUGUGUCUCCAUCGUCAACGGUGAUGUCAAGUAUACCUGGAGAGAGACCCACGAGAGAUGCAUCAGGCUCGCUUCUGCUCUCGCUGGGCUCGGUAUUUCCCGUGGCGAUGUGGUUGCUGCUUUGGCCCCUAAUAUUCCGGCUUUAUACGAGCUACAUUUUGGUGUCCCAAUGGCUGGGGCAGUUCUUUGCACACUUAAUACACGCCAUGAUUCAGCAAUGGUAUCUGCAUUACUGAGACAUUCAGAGGCCAAAUUCAUUUUUGUGGACUACCAAUUUCUCCAAAUUGCAGAGGGAGCCCUUGAAAUUCUAUCAAAGAAAGGGAUCAAGCCACCACUUCUUGUCUUAGUCCAGGACUGUGAUCAACCAACUCCCAUAUCCUCUAACUUGGAAUAUGAGGGUUUUUUAGCAAUGGGUAAACUAGACUUUGAGGUAAGACGACCAACUGAUGAAUGGGAUCCCAUAUCCCUUAAUUAUACCUCAGGAACCACGUCGAGUCCAAAAGGGGUGAUUUAUAGUCAUAGAGGUGCCUAUCUAAAUUCCCUUGCUGCUAUUCUUCUAAAUGAGAUGAGCUCAAUGCCUGUAUAUCUAUGGUGUGUUCCUAUGUUUCACUGCAAUGGGUGGUGCCUCACCUGGGGUGUGGCUGCUCAGGGAGGCACAAAUAUCUGCCUAAGGAAUGUCUCUGCAAAAGGAAUAUAUGAAAGUAUUGCGCAGCACAAGGUGACCCACAUGGGUGGUGCUCCAACUGUUUUAAACAUGAUAAUAAAUGCAUCAGCUGAAGAACGAAGAAGUCUUCUAGGUAAGGUAACUGUGAUGACUGGAGGUGCACCACCACCUCCAGAGGUACUUUUCAGGAUGGAAGAAGCAGGAUUUAAUGUGACACACUCGUAUGGUUUGACGGAAACAUAUGGUCCAGGGACAGUUUGCACAUGGAAACCUGAAUGGGCUUCCCUUCCUCGAGAUUUACAGGCAAAGAUCAAGGCCCGGCAGGGGUUGCAACAUCUUGGACUAGAGGAAAUUGAUAUAAAAGAUCCAGUCACUAUGAAAAGUGUACCACCAGAUGCAAAAACCAUGGGUGAAGUUAUGUUCAGAGGCAACACUGUAAUGAACGGAUACUUAAAAAACUUGAAAGCAACAGAAGAAGCAUUCAAUGGUGGGUGGUUUAGGAGUGGGGAUUUGGGGGUGAAACACCCUGAUGGUUACAUAGAGUUGAAGGAUCGAUCAAAGGACAUUAUAAUUUCUGGGGGAGAAAACAUCAGCACAAUUGAGGUGGAAUCUGUACUGUUUAGUCAUCCAGCAGUUCUAGAGGCAGCUGUUGUGGGAAGGCCUGAUGAUUACUGGGGAGAAAUACCUUGUGCAUUUGUUAAGUUGAAGGAAGGUUUUAAUGCCAGUGAAGAGGAAAUUAUCAAGUAUUGCAGGGAUCACUUGCCCCACUACAUGGCACCUCGAACUGUUGUCUUUGAGGAUCUGCCGAAGACUUCAACUGGAAAGGUACAGAAAUUUAUUCUCAGGAAAAAGGCUAAGGCCAUGGGAAGCUUAAAAAAACCGAGCAUCAGCAAACUAUAAAUUACUUUUAGUUGGAUGGCAACAAUUGUACUCUGUUGUUUUGCUGUUUUGUAAUUCAGACUGUUACUGAAGAUUAGAACUGUCAAUUGUUUGAAUAGGGUUCUGAAAUUAGAUAAUUCAAAUUGGACAAAAUGAUUGUUAACA